AUGCCUCAUCUGGCCCACAUACCACAUGGAAUGAUGAGCGGUUCACUCCUGUUUUCCACAAAUCUGAGGAUUGUUUUGGUGGGUAAAACUGGAUCAGGAAAGAGUUCAUCAGGAAACACUAUACUGGGUAGAAAUGAGUUUAAAGAAUGUAAUUCCAUGGAUUCAGUCACUAAAUCGUGCGAGAAACAAACGGCUGACGUGUGUGAAAGGACCAUCUCAGUCAUUGACACUCCAGGACUGUUUGAUACAUCAUUGACUGAAGAAAAGUUAAAGUCUGAAAUACAGAAGUGUAUAGAGAUGUCUGUGCCUGGUCCUCACACGUUUCUGCUGGUCAUCAGACUGGAUGUGAGAUUCACAGAAGAGGAGAAGAACACAGUGAAAUGGAUUCAGGAGAACUUUGGAGAAGAUGCUGCACGUUACACCAUCAUUCUGUUCACUCACGCUGAUGUGCUGGGGGAUAAAACAGUAAAGGAACAUAUCGGACAUUGCAACAAUUUACAAGCACUGAUUAACAGUUGUAGUGAUAGAUCUCACCAAUUUAACAAUAACAACAGAAAAAAUAAAGUUCAGGUCACACAACUGCUGGAUUUGAUAGAUAAAAUGGUGAAGAAGAAUGGAGGUCAACACUACACGAAUGACAUAUAUAAUAAGGUCCAAAAAAAGAUUCAAUUGGAAAAUUUCAAAAAUACAAGCGUAGAGUUCGGGAAAAAAGCAGUAGUAUUUACAGGAGGAGCAGUAGCAGGAGUAGCAGGAGUAGCAGGGGCAGGGGCAAGAUUUGCAGCAUCAGUACCAGCACCAGCACCACUCAUAUGGGGAGGAAUAGGAACAGCAGAGAUAGAGGAAGAGACAGAUAGAGAGAUAGAGAGAGAGACAGAGAGA